AUGGCCGAGGCAGACGUUCCCCACCCGACAGUAGAGGCGUUGUAUGCGGCACUGAUUGAGGACGACGUGCUGCAACUAGCGCGGGUGCUCCUGACCGAGCGGCCGAGCCCGGCGGUGCUGGGCCUCCCUCUCCCGCGUGCCUUCAGCUACUCGCUCGGCGAGCUGACGGGCGGUACGCUGCUGCACCUCGCGGUGGUAGUCCGCUCGCUACCGGCGACGCUGCUGCUACUGGUCGCUGGAGCGCCGCUGGAGCCAGGAGUCGUCGGCGUGUGGACCAAGGGCACGGCAACGCUGACCGGCACCCCUGCCCAGCUGGCGACCUCGCUCGGCGCCCGCGGCUUGCCUGCUCGCCAGCUCGCGGCGUAUUUGGCGGCGCCGUGGCUCAAGGCCGCGGCGCUGGCGGCAGUGGUUGACUCGGAGGCACAUCGCCCCAGUGCGGCCGAGGCGGUGGAGAGCGGACACAGGGAGGGAGGCGAUGACGGCGACAGCCUCUCGCGCGAGGCACAUGCUGCAGCGCAGGCGCGCUGGAUCAAGGCGAGGCUGGCGCUGGAGGAGCAGGUCGAGGAGCUGGAGGAGGAGCGCAAUGUGCUUGCGCGCCGAGUCGACGAGCUAGAAGCGCUGACUGAGGACAACUACCGGGCAUCGGCCGAUGCCGCCGCCGAGGCCCGCAUCCAGGUCCUGCAGCAAAAGUUCCGCGCCUACCGCGACCGCAUGGCCGAGGCACACGAGGACGACGUGCGGACGAUCAACAGCAAGUGGAAGCAGCGGCUGGGUCAGCUGCAGGGCAAAUGGGAGGCCGAGUCCCGCGCUGCAGCGCUCGAGCGCGAGCGUGCCUUUGAAGACCAUCUUGCUGCUGUCGUCGAGCGGCUGCGCAAGGAGCACGGGACCCAGAUCUCGCUUACACGCAAGGAGUUUGACUCCAAGGCCGAGUGGGAGGGCGAGAAGGCGGCCGAGACUGCUAAGCUCCGCGAAGCCUACGAGGCUCGGCUUGCCGACGCCACCGCCCAGCUCCGGCUUGAGCAUGCCGCCGACGCCGGCGCCCGCGAUGCGCGCAUUGUCGAGCUCGAGCAGUCACUUGCUGCUACCCGCGCACAGCUGUCGAGUGCCCGCAGUGAUGCUGUCCGCGCCCAGGCCAAGGCCGACGCCCUUACCGCGAGCCUGGGGACGGCCCCGACCGCCGUCGCUGGCACCGAGGCCGCCACCGCUGGCGCCGCUGACGCGCAGCACACCACACAUUCCGUCACAUUUGCGCCCUCUACACCUGCGCAUCGCGGGCCAGCCAAGUCGUCGCUCACCGCCGCUCUCUCGCCGGAGCCCACCGCCAAGCCCGCAGCCGAGCCCGCGGUCGAGCCCACCCCACAACCUGCGAUGGAACCCACGCCGGAAGCCACUCCGGACGUUCCUGCCGUGCCCGCGCCUGCCGCUGCGCCGCAACCACUCCCUCACGCCACUGCCAUGGUCCCGGGCUUCCCGCCUCACGUCAUGGGCGUCCUCCUCCGUAUGCUGCCGAUGCAGCCGCCGUCCUCGCCGCUGGUCACCCGCAUCCGCGACUCGCUCGAGACGCUCCUUGCAUUUGGCCCGGUCUCGAUGGACAUUUCCGAUAAGCGGCUGUCUGCGUACGCUGUGCUGAAGCGACUGGAAGUCUUGAUGCCGCUGCUCUCGUCGAGCCUUGUUGUCCCGCUCCGCAACUCGACGCUACAGCGCAUGCAUCGCAUGCUUCGCGAGGCCGACGCGCUGGUUGCGCGUGUACAGCAAAAGUACCGCUUCUCGUCCAAGGUUAAGGACGCCCACUACGAGGUUGUCCACGGCCUCAUCGACGACACCAUGGUCUCGGUCCUCGACGACCUCACGUCGAUUGUGUGCGAGCCAGAGGCUAGCCCGGCCAUGCCGGGCGCGCGGGUCGCGGCGCGGAUGCUGACGGCGCAAGUUGAGGCUGCCUGCGGCCCAGUGCCACCCGGCGCGCUUGCCAUCCCUGGUGCCAGCAGCGCGCGCCCGACCGGCGGCUCGACGUCAGGUGCGGCCUCGAUCGCCGGCUCGUAUCGCUCGACUGGCAUCGGCUACGAGCCGGACAUGCUCAGCUCGUUCAACGUCUCAGAGCCGUCAGCGGCGUCGGUGCCGGACACUGUGGCCGGCUCGGCACCCGCACACUCGGCGCUGCACGCUGGCCUCGGCCGCCCCGAGCUCUCGUCGACCACCUCGCGGCUGCCCACCAACACCGCCGCGACCCGUGCCGACUCGUACCUCUUCCGCACCACAUCGGCGGUCGAGAAGCGGGAGUCACGUGGCUUCUUUGGCAGAGACGGCGACGGCGACGAGAGCAAAGGUGAUCUCGAUGACGACGACGACGAGGUCUUCCGCAUCGCCGCUAUCCUCCAGCAGCGCCGUGAUUCGAGCCGCGACGAGCCGCCGCCGCCGCGUGUCCCCAAGCCGGACACACCCAAACCCAUCGCCAAGCGCGCUGUGUCGAAGAAAAAGCGCCGCAAGAAGAGUGCCCGCGCAUCAACAUCCCGCUCUCGCGGCACGGCGCGUGCUCCGGCGGAUCCCUUUGCCACCGUCAACGAUCCGCUCGGUGCUCUCGCUGGUGACGACAACACCGACGUAGCCACCGACGCCGACGCCGACGCCGACGAUCCUCGCGAGCGUGCCGUCUCGGCCAACAUGACUACCUCUAACUCGAUGUUCUCAUUGUAGGCCAUUUUGAACCGUUGAACGCACCCAUCUGAUCAACGUGCUUGCGCACCCGCCAGCCGUCGCGCUCGCGCCAAACGGCCAACCCGCUGA